UGAGGCUGCGGCAGCGCACUGCCUGGCUGCUUUUCCUCAUGUUGCCUCUCUCACCCCACCUCAUCUUAGAAGGAGCAUUUAUGCAGAACAUGGAAACAAAACCAUCUGCAUGAAAGUUAUUUUCAUGGAAAGAAAAGCUCAAACUACAGGAACAUGGGGUAUGGCCAAAUCCUCCACCGACAUGGAAAAGAGGAGGACCAGGUCAACCUCAAUGUGGGAGGGGUACGCCACAAAGUGGACCCAGAGAUGUUAUUCCGCUUCCCUCAGACACGCUUGGCUCGUCUGCUGCACUGUCAAAGUGAGGCAGCCAUCUUGGAGCUAUGCGACGACUACAACCCAACUGAGAAGGAGUACUAUUUCGACAGGAACCCUCGGGUUUUCCUCUGCGUGCUCAACUUCUAUCACACAGGCCGCAUCCACAUGAUGGAGGAGCUCUGCAUUUUUUCUUUCUGUCAGGAAAUUGAGUACUGGGGCAUCCAUGAGGCACAUCUUAGCCCCUGCUGCAACACCUGGUACCAUGAGAAAAAGGAAUACAUCGAGGAUAAAGAUUGGGACAUCCGGAGUGAGGAGCAAGAGCCGAGCUUCGAUUCCUCCUUUGAGGAGCUCUCUGCUCUUGAUAAGGACCUGGCUAAGUUCAAAGGGGCAUGGUGUGGAGAAGUAAGGAGCUACAUCUGGCUCAGGCUAGAGGAUCCUGCUCACUCUAGAGCUUCAAAAAUUAUCGCUAUUGCUUCCCUCUGUGUGGUGUUGACCUCUAUCAUUGCCAUGUGCGUUCACAGCAUGCCCGAGUUUCAGCAAGUGGACGACAAUGAACGACCCAUUGAGGACCCUGUCCUCACCACCCUGGAGGGGAUAUGCAUUGCCUGUUUCUCUGUAGAAUUCACCAUUAGGUUUAUUGUUGCUCCAUCCAGGAGGAAGUUCCUCGGAAACCCUCUGAACAUCAUUGAUGUUGCUUCUAUUUUGCCGUUUUAUGUCACACUAGCUCUCGAGAAAUCUGACGAGGAAAGCUUGGAGGAGAGUGAAGACUUGGAAAACGUAGGGCGGGUGGUGCAGGUUCUACGGCUCAUGAGGGUUCUUAGAAUACUUAAGCUUGCCCGCCACUCCGUCGGACUGCGAGCUCUAGGUGCUACCGUCCGCCACAGCUACCAAGAGGUGGGUCUGUUGAUUCUCUUUCUCUCAGUAGGAAUGUCUGUGUUUUCCGCUCUCAUCUACUUUGCUGAGAAGGACGAGAAGCACACAGAUUUGGGAACAAUCCCUUCAGGUUGGUGGUGGGCCAUGAUCACAAUGACCACUGUGGGUUAUGGUGACACAUGCCCAGUGACGGCGGCAGGGAAAGUAGUGGCCACCUUAUGCAUAAUCUGUGGCCUGUUAGUGGUGGCUCUGCCCAUAUCUGUGAUCUUUAAUAAGUUCUCAAAGUACUACCAAAGAAACAAAGCCAUGGAUGUAAGGUGCAUUACCAAGCCUGAAAGACAAGACCCAGAGCUCCCCUAUUAUAACAUCAAAGAGCUGUUCACAGGUAGCGUGUAUCCCUUUAUAGGAAGCCUUGCCUUUAGGAACAGUGUGAGCAGCAGAGGGGACGACACUGAUGCCUCCAGCCUCCAGGACAUUGAGGUGAACCAUAAUGACACUUGAGAAAAUGGGCCAGCAAAAUGAGAUUCCAGCCAUUUCACAGAGUAUCACUCUCUAUGACAGCCAGUCACUCCGUGCCUCUGGGGGCAGCGCGUACUAUCACUUACCUUGCCUUCCCGUACCGUCUUCCUUCCUCCUGUGGUUUGACAGAGAAAUAUGUUUAGACCCAGAAUUUUUUGUGUCUAUGUGUGUCUGUAAAAUAUAUUGUGUCAUAAAAACCAGAAAAUCCAAAGGGAAUUAUCUGCACCCUCCUCUGAGGUUUGAAAGCCCAUUUUCUGCUCGAGAAAACUGCAAUGAUGCAUGUAGGAGGCCAUAAUGUUAAUGUUUUUCAAAGUAAUGUCGUUUAUUGAUUUCCUCUGCUUGCUGAAAGUUCAGAUGGAGACUUUGCCAGAUGCGAGUGCCCGGAGUGACAGCAGUACAGUUUGCAGCUUGCAUGGCCCAAACCGAAAUGCAUUUUUCGAAAGCAAAACAUUAAAUGAUCACAUGAAAUAUGAAAUAAGCCUGGUUGAGAGAAAAUGCACAUCUCUUAGAACAAUGUGAAUGCAGAGGCUGAUUUUUGGCAGAA